AUGAUCUUCUUGAAUCAACAACGUGCUGUGGAUGAGAACGUGAACUACAAACGGAAUUCGUUCACUGGGACUGCAAAGCGGAAGAGUCGUUUGGAGUCAAAUAAAAUGAUAAUGAUAUUGAUGCUCUUCUACUUGCUCGCCUCAGCCUUUCCAGUAAUCCUAUUCUAUCCACUUUCGUUGACAACUUUGAUCGCUCCAUGCGUAAUGCUUUCAUAUGCGAUUUGUAUCAUGAAUGCGGAUGUGAAUCACGAUGUUUGGCCGUGUUGUGUGGUUGGGAUCAUUGGAAUUUUGAUAAAACUCGGUGGAUUGAUCGUUUACUUGUCGAUUUUUUCGCUUAAACAAACCGAUGAAAAAUUCACCGUUCGCUACAAAUCACAUCUCGAUGAAACCGCGGCAAAACGAUUAUUUUUCUUUAUUUUAUUGGCCCUCGAGAUGGGAAUCCUUUUCUUGGCUUGUUGCUUUAAAUGGCAUCUCGUUGCUUAUGAGAAUAACAAGCAAAAAAAGCGAACACCAAAAGGAACUGAGCUCAUC